CUAUAGUCCUGUGAUCCAAGCGGCACUCCUAAGCCAUUCCAUCUCGAUCUCAGACUGGCUGGUUUUUACGCGUGGUGGAUCUCUGUACCGAUUCUCGAACGGUCUACUCAUUUGAUUUGAGAAUACUGCCUCAUUUCCUGUGAGGGAAAUGCGUAACGUAUUACAAAAUGUAUUCGUCUCGUGAGGCUCGUUCAAGUACAUCGGUUCCAAAAUACAGUUCUACUGCCGUUGUGUUCGUUCUUGUGGAAGAAUCGCCGAAACAUGUUUCGCACGUCGAACAGCAUCGAGAUACCGUAAACUCUUCGGAAAUGCCGCCCAUGUAUGAAAUGAAUUUUACCCGUGGCUCAACAGUUGGGAGUAUAAAGGCGAUUCGACAUGAAGGUUUCAAAGUAGCGGCGUCAGCAGCACUACCUCUCUUCUCACAUUUGCACAUUUUCUCGAUUUAUCAUCCCAAAAUGCAAUUCAAGCUUGCUACCUUCGUUGGUGUCGCCUUCUUGGCAUCGUCUGUGGCAGCUAUCUGUCCCGGUUACAACUUCGGAGUCAUGGACCUUGGAUAUGACAUAGGCACCGGAAGAGAAGGUUACGCCGUGGUGGACGAUUCUUGCAACCAGGUAGCUGGAGCAAUUACGACCAAUGUCUGUGAUGAACCACUUUUCUCCUGCUCGCCGGCGCCUAUCACAAUCACCGCCUUGCACUAUGGUGGUCAAAACUACGCCUGCCGAGGCGACGUUAACUCGGGAUCUUGCGGUGGUACUGCUGUUCAAGUUUGCUGCCGCAAUGAUGGGAACUGAUUGAAAUCUUGUCUAAUAUGGCACACAUAUUUCUACCAUUUAUUAGUUUCUUGAGGCUAUUACACCGCACACCGUGUACAUAACUAUGGACCUUUUUCUUCGAAAGUUGUUAUCUGAGAGCUAUCACUUUAUGUCAUCCUAAAGGUCGUGCUGCACUUCGGGAGAACAAUCCCAAAGCAUUUUAACAAGGCACAGCGAACGUAGCAGCUAAUUAGCCAGCGGCAUAUACGGGAAUCUCUAUGUUUGACAGCGCGAAGUCAACAUACUUUCUCAUUCAUUUCGAUCGGCGGUUAGCACACCCUAAAAAUACAGGUUGUGGUGGUACAAAAAAUCUGGGCAUCUCAUUCAGUCUCGGUUCUUCCUGUCCUACAAAGUAAUUCCGAUGUUCACAUGCACGGCUUUGAUUUC